AAAGUCCCCGAACAUUCAAUCAGUCGGAGAUUCUACGAGACAACCACAUCAAGCUCCUAAGGAAGCCAGAUCGCUGACUUCACCUCACACCCUUCGAGCCCUCGGAUAUUAACGAUCGCCAUGAGCCAGCUACUUGUUGUCCUUGGCGCCACCGGCCAGCAAGGCGGCUCCGUCGCCAACUUUGUGCUCUCCGACCCAGCGCUGUCGGCGCGCUACAAAGUCCGCGGCGUUACAAGAGACCCGUCCAAGCCGGCUGCCGAGGCCCUCAAAGCCAAAGGUGCCGAGGUUGUCGAGGGCGACCUGGACAACCCGGAGUCGCUGAAGACGGCGCUUGCCGGCGCCGACACGGUCUUCAUCACGACCAGGACCAUCUACGAUGAUCAGACCAAGGAGCGCGAGGUGCGGCAGGGCAAGGCUGCGGCCGACGCGGCGGUGGCAGGCGGCGCCAAGUACAUCAUCUACAGCACCGAGGUGCACUGCGAAGUCAUCUCCAACGGCAAGUACCGCGUGGCCGCCUACGACUCGCGCGCCGAGGUCGAGGCGUACAUCCGGUCGCUGCCGGUUAAGAGCGCCUUCUUCGCGCCCGGCAGCUUCAUGCAGAACUUCGCCGGCGCGAUGGGCCCGCGGCCCGUCGCGGACCAGCCGGGCGUCUACGCCAUCAGCAGCAUCCUGCCCGGCGACGCGCCCGCGCCCUGGAUCGACGCGGCCGCGGACACGGGCAAGUUCGUCGGCGCCAUCCUGGCGGACCCGGACCGCUUCGCCGGCCAGACGCUGUGGGCCGCCAGCGAGGUGCUCUCGUACAACCAGGUCGCCGCCAAGAUCUCGGCCGCCACGGGCAAGACGGUCAACUACGUCGCCCUGCCCGAGGCCACGUUCCGCGCAUACCUGCCGCCGGCCAUGCAGGAGCCGCUCGUCGGCAUGUUCAACUUCAUCGCCGAGUAUGGAUACUACGGCCCGGAGUCGGAGCGCAAGGUCAAGGAGACGCUCGCGCUGGUGCCGUACAAGCUGACCAGCUUUGAUGAGUGGAUUGCGGCGAAUAUCAGGCUUGCUUGAGGGGGUUUGGGGGCUGUUUUGUGGCGCCUUGUGGGACUGUGGUGCAGAGAUGGUUCACCUGAUAUCAAUG